AAUACAGCUUUGUCGAUAUGUUUAUAAGAGCUGUAGGAUGGAACUCCUUUUCUUUUUGAGUUUUCUCGCUCUGCCUGGAAAGAAAUAAAUAGGAAACGUGCAGAGCAUGUAUCAGUUUGUUAUCUAAGGGACAAACUUCCGACUAAACUUACUUUGGCCGGCAUUUUAUGCCAUCUUACACCGAGAGCCUUGUCUUAAUCACUUCCGCAAUACCUACUUCGUCCUUCGCAACAAGCUCAUCAUGGCUUCCGCACUAUUUCCCUCUACCAGAGAAACAACCAAUUAUGCCCGGUUGUGUCGCCUUCUCAUCGAUGUUGGAACAGAAGUUUUGCGAGAGGUAUUUGAUCGAAUUCACCCACCAAUCGACCUGCACAAAGUGUUAGCACAAAGUGGAGUUAAAAGUAAACUGCAGGCACUUUUGAAGAGGAGAAAAUUAAAUCCAUCUCAGUGGAACAUACUUUAUCCCACUUCCACUACUGUUUCGUCUGCGGACUUUGAUGUCACCCUUCUGAUGGUUCUAUUCAGGAACAUCUGCAAUUUGCCCCAACCUGGGACUGGUUGGGAUGAUCUUCCAACCGCAGCAGACACGAGUUUAGAAGCUGACAUUGCUCGCGUCAAGUUCUACAGAAACACAGUCUAUGCACAUGUCAGCAAUGCCUCGAUUGACGAUACAGAGUUCACUCACUACUGGCAAGAGAUCCGAGAAACGCUGGUGCGAUUAGGAGGAGCAGGUUCAAGCUAUGGAGAUACCAUUGAUCGUCUUGCGAAUGAGAGCAUGGACCCCGAAAAGGAGAAAUUUUAUCAGGAGCUUUUGAAAACAUGGUGGAAUGAUGAGUUCAGCCUGAAAGUCAAGCUAGAUGAGAUAGACGAGAAACUAUCGGAUUUUGCCAAUCCUAAAAAGAGAACGCGGUCAGCAGAGCCCUUCGAUCUUAAGCAGUGCCAGAAAGAGCUUCAUUCAUUUUAUCGCACAAUUUGUAAAGUAAAAAUCAUUCCUUGGAAGCCGAAGUCUGCAGUUUGCAUUAAUGAAAUUUACACAAAGUUAUCAUGGCAAAGGGAAGAAAGCAAACCAAGCGAAGAUAGUCAAGAGGAAUUAGAAGACUACACGGACAUGUUUAAGAGUUGUGGGCCUUACGACGAACCAAACCGAAUAUUGGUGUUUGGGCCACCAGGCAUAGGAAAGACUACAUUUGCCAAAAGAGUUGUUUUCGACUGGCUACAUCAAGCAAAGGAAAUCCUCAAAAAGUUUGAACUUGUGCUUUUUAUUAGGCUGCGAGAUGUGUGUGAAUUACAGACUCUGCCAGAUAUUUUGACGGCUGCCAAACUGUUACCAGCUGAUGGCAUGAUUUCAGUCGAGAGCUUGUACGAGUACAUUCAAUGGAACCAAGAAAAAGUUCUUUUGGUCUUGGAUGGCUUUGAUGAGUACUUCUGUGCAGAAUGCUCUCCUGUCCGUAACAUCUGGGAGGGUAGUUUGCUUAGGGGUUGUUCCGUCAUUGUCACAACGCGGUUGGAAGGGGCAGAUGAAUUGACAGAACGCAGUCACGUGGAAUGCCAGAUUAAUGGGUUUGUUAGUGGUAUUCAACUUAGAAAUUUUGCAAGAAAGUUUCUUAAAGAUGAAGAAGUUGUUGCUAAGUUUGAGAAACAUCUGGAGGAGAAAGGCUUAAGAAAAGUUGCAGAAAUACCACUUCUUCUGGUGAUGCUGUGCUUACUUUGGAAGGAAGAAGGCCACAAAGGACACCUCAAAUCACGAGCCAGCAUCUACAUGCAUUUCAUUCAGAUGUUACUGGAUCACAUGACUGCAAAAGAACCACAUGCAAAGAAAUUUCGUAAAGUAGAUGACUACAAAGAAGAUCUCUUGAAACUGGGGAAACUUGCAUUUGACGCCCUUAAACAAGGUUCUCUCUCUAUGUGCUACAGCGAACUACCCGAUGAUAUUUUGACCAAGAAGUUGAUUGAGGUAGGUUUAUUUCAAUCUCUGAAUGUCUCAAGUCUGAAGCCUGAGAAGGAGGUUUUCUUCAUUCAUAAGUCCGUUCAGGAGUUCCUUGCCGCUUGGUACGUCAAGGAAGAACUUGCAUCUUCAAGAAAUAAAAGCCCGACCUGUCUCCCUGAAGAUGAAUCUUCUGAAAAGGUUUUAAAGAUGACUGAAGUAAUCAAAUUUGUCAAUGAAAUGUCUGGAGAAGCCUCAAGUAUUGUCCUUAAGCACCUGGAGACGGUAGCAAAGAGGGAAAGACUCACGGAAAACAUACUCAGCGAGACACCAUCAUUUGAAGACUUGUCAGAGAAACAAAGGCAUUUCCUUGCACUCUGUUCACACAGCUAUUUUUGCCUAUCAGUCGAGAAGAGAAAAGAUCUUUACUGCCUGUAUCUGUCUUGCACUGGAGGUAUUUUACUGAUAGACUCUGAUCAACUCCAUGUUAUUGCCAGCGAGCACUUGCUGAAAUACUCUCAACCACCGAACUACGUAUUUUUCACCGAUAGUAAGCAUCCAAAGGAAAACUAUAGCGACCUGAUCACCGUCCUGGAGGAUGUGAAUGGGACUCUUGUUAGCUCAUCAGGUGAAGUGGAAGCCUCGAUGUUUCUCAGGAAGUAUAAUCCACAGAGAGUGGAACAAUUUUUCCUGAAGAAAGAGAACAAUUCGUUCAUUUACCUUUAUUUUGCUCACAUUUAUAAAAGAUACGAUCACAUUUUUCCAAUCGAAAUGCUCCACGAUGUCACUCGGUCACCUGAAUCCACUCCGACAAAGAAGACCUCUGUCGGUGACCGGCCAAAUGGAUCAAACAACACAGCUUUGCCGUUGACAGAGCACAUUGAAGGCUCACCUGUUCCCCCCCGUCAUUGCCUUUCAUUGACCUCAGAGAUCCAUACUAAGUAUUUGGAAGAGCAAGAAAUGAAGACACUCAUUACGGCCCUUCCGCAUGUGAUUUUUCCCCGAGUCAUGACCAUGUCUGUUCCAGUGGGUAAAUUGUAUGAUGCCCUCAUAUUGGAGAAUCUGCUGUCUCGUCUCAACUUUACAAACAGACUCGACACUUUAGAAUUCUGCCGUUGCAAUAUCACUGCGGGGCCAGCCGCUGCCAUCGCCAGAUCUUUCCACAAAGCACCUAACUUGCGUGAGCUCUACUUGUCGUACAACCCCCUUGGUGACGGAUUGAACACUCUCAUGGAACAUCUCCAUUGUGUUCAGCGGUUAGAAACACUUCGCCUUGGAGGUGUCAAGAUGACUAAGGAGCAAGUGGAGGAUUUGACCAGAGCAGUACGUCAGAGUAACAUCACUAGUCUGGGGUCGUAUUAUCAUGACGAGCAAGGAAAUCCCAAGCCUGAGCACGAGUGGCCAGCAGACGAACUAUGGAAAGGAAAAUGGUGGUACAAAUCAGAGGACGAAGUAGAAAAUGGGACGGAGGGCGCAUUUGAGCCUAAAUCAGAGGAGAGGCUGAAGCCUGGGACAGAGGACGAGUGAGAGCCUGUGACAUUAACAAGAAUCAUUACCUGCUGAAGGCAAAUUGAAUUUGUCGAUUGAUUCCCAAUUCGCACGAAGUAAUCACUAAUAUUAUUAUGGCCUUAGGAGAAUCAUUGUUGCAUAUUGAUUUUAGGUGAUUUUCACAGCAACUGAAUUUUGUUAUUUUGUUUUGUUUUUUAAAUUUUCUUCGCUACCUUUCAAGUACAGUUGGAAAAAUAAUGCUCUAGUAUCAUAAUCACUUCUUUUUUUGGAUGAUUGUUUCAAGGUAUAACGUAAUCUCCCUAUCAAUAAUCUCAGAAAUCACCCGGGCAAUUACACUGGUGAGUGUUAGGUUGAUGACUGUAUCAGAACCCAGUGGAGGGAGGGCCAGGGGUAUACUUAGUAUAGUAGGGAAGAGAAGAGCCUUGAUUUUUAAUUUUCUUCAGGUUAAAGGUUAUUUGGUUUUGGAAAUAUUCGUCUCGCUACCAAAUUGGUGACAGCUACACCGUGAUGAUGAAUUUAUUGAGGAGGAACACCAAUGUUUCCUUGUGAGUUCGCUGAGUUAUUUUAGAUUUUUUUGGAAGUCGAAGUCGGUUUCAAAUGUAAGUUGUUUUGGUCACCAACCUCGUUCUCAGGGAACGGGAACGAGGCUUUUGGUCAUGAGUCGUUGAGGUCGUAAAGACCGGUCUACCUGAACUUGAAACGAAGACAUACAUAAUGUAAGCAAAAACCUAGGUUCAUUUACCGGUGACUUAAAACGUCUAGAUCUUUCUUAAUAGUACAAAGCUUCUUUUAUCUAUGUCUUUUGAUGGGUCGUAAUCAAGUGUCAUUCUUUCUCGUGGAAAACCUGUCUGUACA